CCUCUCUGUAAAACCAUGGCCCAUCGGCUGCGGUUUCACUUCGGCUCCGGGAGAAGCAGCACGGCCCCCGAGCCGGAGCUGCUGGGCCGGGAGAGAGGAGAUGACUUUUUGCUGGCGUUGCACACCUUGCCGCGGAGGAGCGGCGCUCCGGCGCCGGAGGACGGCGGCGCGCGGCCGGCGGGCGCCCUGCAGCGGAGCGCGUCCCUGCUCGUCCCGCAGCCGCCGCGGGGCCCGCGCCCCACCAGGAGCUGCUCCAUGCAGAUCUCGCUGCAGCGCAAGGCCGCCCGCGGCUGCGCCCGCUGCGCGGCCCCGCCGGAGCCGCCCGCCCGAGCCAGCGCCUCCCCUGGCUGCGGGGAGCCCCGGGCAGCCUCCCUGGGGAGCUGCUCCUGUGCGGUGACCCCGCAGGCGACUGCUGGCAGCUCCUCACCCGGGCUGGCCGAGGAGCUGGGGCGGCAGGAUGGAGCUGCCUGCUCCGACCCUGGAGUGCUCUGCAGUGUUCCUGCCCAUGACCAGAGUGAGGAGGCUCUGCAGGCUGCCCAGCCACAGGAAGCGACUGAAGCUUCAGGCUUGAACAUAGGUGGUGUGAGGAUUCAGCAUCGGGCCUCGAGUGCAGACGUGCCUCAAGUUACUCUGCUUCCCUUCGCUCCUGAGGCUCCAGAUAACGCUGCCAGCCCCGAGCCCCGGCGCUGGUCCUUGCAGCAUGUGCCAGAGCUGCCUGCGAGUUCAGGGAAGAAGCUCUUCGUUCUCCAGUUCCAGCAGCCGCAGACCGGCGGAACGGGUGCGGGCGACUUUGGCUUUACUGGAACCAAAGGAGACAGGUUGCUCAGGUACCCUCGGAUACGGCUGGAGAGGAGCACUUCCCACCCCGUGCAGCCAGCAGCAGGAGCAAUGAGCCCCACGGCUGACGGGCCGGAUUCGGGGCUGCCCGGGAACAGCAGCAGCAGGGCAGAAACACCUGGAAAGGACUCGGUGGAGCGGGUGCCUCCAGGGCAGGGAUGCUUGUUUAAAAUCAGACCAGAUCAGAACACCAGGCAGCAGCACUUCAGGAUCCUUGUGACGCGUGGGCCUGAGGAGCAGAGUCAGGCUGUUGGUAAGGAGGGUCGUGGCAGCCCUGCUCCUGCUGCAACCAGAGACGACUUCCUGGGCCAGGUGGAUGUGCCGCUCAGUCACCUCCCGACUGAAGACCCAACCAUGGAGAGGCCGUACACAUUUAAGGAUUUCCUCCUCAGACCAAGAAGCCACAAAUCUCGUGUGAAGGGUUUCUUGAGGCUGAAGAUGGCGUACAUGCCAAAAAAUGGUGGCCAAGAGGAAGAAAACAGUGAUCAGAGGGAUGACUCUGAGCCUGUCCCUGUCCUGGUCCCUCAGCACGGCUGGGACGCGGUGGAUGCCGGUGACGCCGCCUCCCCGCGGCAGGAGGAGCUGCCGCCGCCCGCGCUGCCGCCGGGCUGGGAGGAGAAGGUUGACAACCUGGGCCGCACCUACUACGUGAACCACAACAACCGGAGCACGCAGUGGCACCGGCCCAGCCUCGUUGAUGUGGGAUCUGAGUCAGAUAACAACAUCAGACAGAUCAACCAAGAGGCAGCUCACCGGCGCUUCCGCUCGCGGCGCCACAUCAGCGAGGACCUGGAGCCCGAGCCCGUGGAGAGCGCAGACAUUCCUGAGCCUUGGGAGACCAUUUCAGAGGAGGCAAGUGCCAGUGGGGAUUCCUUGAGCUUGUCACUGCCCCCUCCUCCUGCGUCUCCAGUGUCCCGGAGCAGUCCUCAGGAGCUGUCUGAGGAGCUGAGCAGAAGACUCCAGGUCACUCCCGAUUCCAAUGGGGAACAACUCGGCUCUUUGAUUCAGAGAGAACCUUCCUCCCGGCUGAGGUCCUGCAGCGUGACCGACGCAGUCGCUGAGCAGUCCCAGCUAUCCCUGCAGAAUGGUCCCUCUAGGAGAGCUCGUUCUUCAACUGUCACAGGGGGAGAGGAGCCAACGCCGUCGGUGGCCUACGUGCACACCACGCCCGGGCUGCCCUCGGGCUGGGAGGAGCGCAAGGACAACAAGGGCCGCACCUACUACGUGAACCACAACAACCGCACCACCACCUGGACACGGCCCAUCGUGCAGCUCGCCGAGGAUGGGCUGGUGGGGCCGGGCCCGAGCAGCAGCAGCAGCAGCAACCACCUGAGCGAGCCGCAGAUCCGGCGGCCGCGCAGCCUGAGCUCGCCCACGGUGACGCUGUCGGCGCCACUCGAGGGCAUGAAGGACUCCCCAGUGCGAAGGGCAGUGAAGGACACCCUGUCCAACCCCCAGUCCCCACAGCCAUCCCCCUACAACUCGCCCAAGCCCCAGCACAAGGGGGCCCAGAGCUUCCUGCCCCCGGGCUGGGAGAUGCGCAUCGCCCCCAACGGCCGCCCCUUCUUCAUCGACCACAACACCAAGACCACCACCUGGGAGGAUCCACGGCUGAAGUUUCCAGUGCAUCUGAGAUCCAAAGCAUCUCUGAACCCCAAUGACUUGGGCCCUCUUCCUCCUGGCUGGGAGGAAAGAAUACACCUGGAUGGAAGAACGUUUUAUAUAGACCAUAAUAAUAAAAUUACCCAGUGGGAAGACCCCAGGCUGCAGAACCCAGCCAUCACAGGCCCAGCGGUGCCCUACUCCCGGGAGUUCAAGCAGAAGUACGACUACUUCCGCAAGAAGCUGAAGAAACCUGCUGACAUACCCAACAGAUUUGAGAUGAAAUUACACAGAAAUAACAUUUUUGAGGAGUCCUACAGAAGAAUCAUGUCUGUGAAGAGACCUGAUGUAUUAAAAGCCAGGCUGUGGAUUGAAUUUGAGUCAGAAAAAGGACUUGACUAUGGAGGUGUGGCCAGAGAAUGGUUUUUUCUCUUGUCCAAGGAGAUGUUUAACCCUUACUAUGGUCUCUUUGAAUACUCAGCAACGGACAACUACACACUUCAGAUUAAUCCUAAUUCAGGUCUCUGUAACGAAGAUCACCUGUCAUACUUCACCUUCAUUGGCCGGGUGGCCGGCCUGGCUGUGUACCACGGGAAGCUGCUGGACGGCUUCUUCAUCAGACCUUUCUACAAGAUGAUGCUGGGGAAGCCCAUAACCCUGAAGGACAUGGAGUCAGUGGACAGUGAAUACUACAACUCUCUGAAGUGGAUCCUGGAAAAUGACCCCACCGAGCUGGAUCUCAUGUUUUGCAUAGAUGAGGAGAACUUUGGGCAGACAUAUCAAGUGGACCUGAAGCCCAACGGGUCCGAAAUCAUGGUAACAAAUGAAAACAAGCGGGAAUACAUUGACUUGGUCAUCCAGUGGCGAUUUGUCAACAGAGUGCAGAAACAAAUGAAUGCCUUUCUGGAGGGAUUCACAGAACUGCUUCCUAUCGACCUGAUUAAAAUUUUUGAUGAAAAUGAGCUGGAGUUACUGAUGUGUGGCCUUGGUGACGUGGAUGUCAAUGACUGGAGACAACACACCAUCUACAAAAAUGGUUACUGCCCAAAUCACCCUGUUAUCCAGUGGUUCUGGAAGGCUGUGCUGCUGAUGGACGCUGAGAAGCGGAUCCGGCUGCUGCAGUUUGUGACCGGGACGUCCCGCGUGCCCAUGAACGGAUUCGCUGAGCUCUACGGUUCAAAUGGUCCUCAGCUGUUUACAAUAGAGCAGUGGGGAAGUCCUGAUAAGCUGCCCCGAGCUCACACCUGCUUUAACCGCCUAGACUUACCUCUGUAUGAAUCUUUUGAGGAGCUGCGGGAGAAGCUGCUCAUGGCCGUGGAGAAUGCCCAAGGCUUUGAAGGGGUGGAUUAACUUUGCAGCAGCUGUUCCCUCUACAAGCACGUUCUGCUGGCUUUGGCACCUGCCCGAGGGACUCCAAGGGACUGUGGCUCAGCAGCGUCCCGCUCUGGGCUCGGGAGCAGCCCCAGGCUGGGCUGGCGCCUGGGGUGGCCCUGCUGACGUUCCCGCAGCCGCUGCCAGCUGAGCUCAUUGCAGCAGGACUUCCUCUAUUUAUGUUGUGCCUCUGCAGGCAAAGCCCUUAAUAAAUAUUUUACACUAUUUCUAAUGACAA